GAGGAGCGAGACAGCAACAAGUGUCUGCUCAGGACACAGCUUCAGUCCCUUGUGGUCCGCUGUCUCCCAAGGGCUCCAGGACCUUUGGAAUUCUUGUCACUUCCAUUCAAGGCCCUACGAGGACCGCACGAGGUGCUUGGGAUCCCCCUGAGAUCCACCUGACCAUGACCCGGGAUGACGCCCUCCCUGACUCCCAUUCUGCACAGACUUUCUAUGAGAACUAUGAGCCCAAGGAGAUCCUGGGCAGGGGAGUCAGCAGUGUGGUCAGGCGCUGCAUCCACAAACCUACAUGCCAGGAAUACGCAGUGAAAAUUAUCGACAUCACUGGAGGAGGAAGCUUUAGCUCUGAGGAGAUACAAGAGCUUCGGGAAGCCACCCUGAAGGAGGUGGACAUCCUGCAGAAGGUCUCAGGACACCCCAACAUCAUACAGCUGAAGGACACUUACGAGACCAACACUUUCUUCUUCUUGGUAUUUGAUCUGAUGAAGAGAGGGGAACUCUUUGACUAUCUCACGGAGAAGGUCACCUUAACUGAGAAGGAAACCAGAAAGAUCAUGCGGGCCCUGCUGGAGGUGAUCUGUACCUUGCACAAACUCAACAUUGUCCAUCGGGACCUGAAGCCGGAGAAUAUCCUUUUGGAUGACAACAUGAAUAUCAAGCUCACAGACUUCGGGUUCUCCUGCCAGCUGCAGCCAGGAGAGAAGCUCCGAGAGGUUUGUGGGACUCCCAGUUAUCUGGCCCCUGAAAUCAUACAGUGCUCCAUGGACGACGGCCAUCCUGGCUAUGGGAAGGAGGUGGACAUGUGGAGCACAGGCGUCAUCAUGUACACGCUGCUGGCUGGCUCCCCGCCUUUCUGGCACCGGAAGCAGAUGCUGAUGUUGCGGAUGAUCAUGGACGGCAAAUACCAGUUUGGCUCACCAGAGUGGGAUGACUACUCUGACACAGUGAAAGACUUGGUGUCUCGAUUCUUGGUGGUGCAACCUCAGGACCGCUGCUCGGCGGAAGAGGCUUUGGCACACCCUUUCUUUCAGGAGUACGUAGUAGAAGAAGUACGGCACUUCAGCCCCCGAGGGAAGUUCAAGGUGAUCUGUCUAACUGUGCUGGCAUCAGUAAAGAUCUAUUACCAGUACCGUCGAGUGAAGCCCGUAACCAGGGAGAUCGUCAUCCGAGACCCCUACGCCCUAAGGCCGCUGCGGAGGCUCAUCGACGCCUAUGCUUUCCGUAUCUACGGCCACUGGGUGAAGAAAGGGCAACAGCAGAACAGGGCUGCCCUCUUCGAGAACACGCCCAAGGCAGUGCUCCUCUCCUUGGCUGAGGAGGAGGACUUCUGAGGGGCGGCGGGGCCCAGGGGAAACAGAGGGACUUGUGAGAAGAGGAUGCCCCAAGGAGCCUUCUGCGAAGGAAUAGGUGGUCCUACUCUGCGCUCUCAAAGGCUCACCACUCGAUGCACAGGGUGUUCCCAUUAAACAGCAGUAAUUACAGCGGGAGCUGGGUGUGCCUGUUGCCCUGAGGAUUCCAGGUUCUAGACCAGCCUGGGCAGUUUAGCGAUGCUUAUUUCAAAAU